AUGGCCCACAAUGGUAGAGCAAGAGGCCCUUAUAAGCGAUAUCUUCAAGACGAUACAAAAGAGGUUCCCAGUCGUAGUUGCAGCAGAUUCAAACGUUACAAGAAAUCUCGAGCACCACAUACACAACGAAUCGUCAACGCCGAACGCGAAGUCGACACAUCCCUUCAUGAUCAUGCGAGCGAGACGGUCAUUAAUAACAGAAGUGCCACAGAGUGUUUGCCAACAACGUCAAGUGAAAUUAGACACCCUGCUUUAGUGCUUUCAGCAUGUCCAGUUCCAGAACGGGUUCACAGCAACAUUUAUUCUUCUGAUAAUGGCGAUGAUCAAUCAGAGCCUAAUCACUCUGGCUCCGAAGAUGGCGAUGAUCGACCACAGGCUCAUCACUCGGACUCCGAAGAUGGCGAUGAUCGACCAGAGGCUCAUGACAUGCAGGGAGCACAUGAGAAAGUUUCAGCUGGUUCAGCUCUGACAAAGUUUCAACUACUGAUACUGCUUCUAAGCUUCGUCAUCCGACACCAUCUGAGCGACAGUGGACUUGGUGACUUGUUGAAGAUUUUAAACCUCAUCCAACUAGACUGUGUCCCUAAAACUAAGUAUCGGUUUUAUGCGAACUUUAAGACAACCAAGGAAACAGUUGAAAUGCACUUCUACUGCGAUGAUUGCCUUGCCUAUAUUGGCAUGGACCCUCUAGUUUCCCACUGCCCAGAUUGUAAAUGUCCUUUUUCCAAAAGAGACAGUAAAUGUAGGGGAAAUUUUUUCUUGUAUCUUCCGAUAGCCCAACAACUUAAAGAACUGUUCGAAAAUCCAGGCCUUGCAAAUUUAAUCAGGACACCUGUUAAUAAUGGAAAUAUCAGGGAUAUCUCGGACGGACUAAGUUAUCAAAAGCUAAAAGCAAACGGUGCAUUUAAUGACAGACAUAGCAUAUCAUUGAUGUGGAACUCGGACGGUGUCCCUUUAUUUAAAAGCUCAAAUUAUUCACUAAACCCCAUUCAAUGUAUAAUUAAUGAGGUUCCACCAAAAGAACGAUCAAAAAAUACCAAAGCAUGGAGGAAGGAAGAGAAGGAGUUUGACUGGCCUGCCAGGGUAUUCACAAAGUCGUCUUUGAUUACAGGGUUUCUUGUCGCACGUCUCUCACACAGCGAGAAUCAAGCUCUGAUAUAA